UACGGAAACGGAAGGGGUGGUACACAUGUAAAGUGAAAUCUCGAAGCUAGCUGCCCGAGUUAUUAAUUUUUUCAGUAAACAAUUAUGGCGGCCGCGGAUCCCUGGUCCUCGAGUCAUGGCAGGCCCACAAGCAGAGGAGAGUUCCCGGCUGGUGAGAGCAGCAAUGAGCGCGAUGGCCCGGGAGGAAGCGGCGGAGAGGGAGAAUCCGAGCCAGAUCGGUCAACAUUCGAAUGCAACAUUUGUUUGGACACAGCAAGGGACGCUGUCAUCAGCUUGUGCGGGCACUUGUUCUGCUGGCCCUGCCUUCAUCAAUGGUUGGAGACACGGCCCAGCCAACAGCAGUGUCCUGUGUGUAAAGCAGGCAUCGGCAGAGAGAAAGUCAUCCCCCUCUACGGCAGAGGGAGCUCCAGCCAAGAGGACCCCAGGUUGAAAACCCCGCCUCGGCCUCAGGGACAGAGAACGGAGCCAGAGAGCAGAGGGCCCUUCCAGGGGUUUGGGGACACUGGCUUCCACAUGUCCUUUGGGAUCGGUGCAUUCCCAUUCGGCUUCUUCACCACAGUCUUCAACACCAAUGACCCCUUCCACAGAGCAGACGCAUAUGCAGCCGAUCACCAAGGCAACCCUGACAACGGCAACAACUGGCAGGACUCUCUCUUCCUGUUUGUGGCCAUCUUCUUGUUCUUCUGGCUGCUGACUGUGUGAGGGAGAAGAUGGAUAGAAGGUGGAAAUGGAGAGGUGUAGGGAUGGGGUAGUGUGUAUGUAUGUAUGUAUAUAUAUAUAUAUAUAUAUAUAUACACAUCAAAGCAUCAGGAACGACCGACUUUCUUGCUCAGUAGUGACUGGGAGACUUUAGACUAUAGAUGGGUGGUGGUGGGAUGACUGUCAGUUUACUCUUAGCAAGUGAUAUCUAAUGCAGCAAACAAACAAGUCAAAUAUAUGUCUAUUCCCCCCACCAAAUGAUUUAUGAGAUUAAUUUGGUUAGGGAGAGUACACUGAGACACCACUCUGGUGGUGGUGGAUGAUACCCAAACGUGAGGGUGAGUGAAGCGAAGUCAAUCUAUCCACCUUUCUCUGCAUUUGUACAUAAAUACACCACACACACACAGUGGAUACCCGGGUUGAGGUGUGGGGGCUGACUUUUUAGGGAUGGGACUGGUGUAUAGACUGGAAUCAGUGUUGAGAGAAAUGGUUGGAUUGAGUUAAUUGUAAAUUAGGGGAGUAUGACAAUAAUCACUAAGUAACUUUACUGUACCACAAUACCUAUGUGGUUAACAUAGAGAUACAGUUGAAGUUGGAAGUUAAAAUACACCUUAGCCAAAUCAAUUUAAACUCAGUUUCACAAUUCCUGAUAUUUAAUCCUAGUAAAAAAUUCCCUGUCUUAGGUCAGUUAGGAUCACCACUUUAUUUUAAGAAUAUGAAAUGUCAGAAUAAUAGUAGAGCAAAGGAUUUAUUUCAGCUUUUUAUUUCUUUCAUCACAUUCCCAGUGGGUCCGAUGUUUACAUACAAUCAAUUAGUAUUUGGUAACAUUGCCUUUAAAUUGUUUAACUUCGGUGAAACGUUUCGGGUAGCCUUCCACAAGCUUCCCACAAUAAAUUGGGUGAAUUUUGGCCCAUUCCUCCUGACAGAGCUGGAGUAACAGAGUCAGGUUUGUAGGCCUCCUUGCUUGCACACACUUUUUCAGUUCUGCCCACAAAUUUUCUAUGGGAUUGAGGUCAGGGCUUUGUGAUGGCCAUUCCAAUACCUUGACUUUGUUGUCCUUAAGCCAUUUCUCCACAACUUUGGAAGUAUGCUUGGGGUCAUUGUUCAUUAGGAAGACCCAUUUGCGACCAAUCUUUAACUUCCUGACUGAUGUCUUGAGAUGUUGCUUCAAUAUAUCCACAUCAUUUUCCUGCCUCAUGAUGCCAUCUAUUUUGUGAAGUGCACCAGUCCCACCUGCAGCAAAGCAUCCCCACAACAUGAUGCUGCCAUCCCUGUGCUUCACGGUUGGGAUGGUGUUCUUCGGCUUGCCGUAGUCUGGCUUUUUUAUGGCAGUUUUGGAGCAGUGGCUUCUUCCUUGCUGAGCGACCUUUCAGGCUAUGUCGAUAUAGGACUCGUUUUACUGUGGAUAUAGAUACUUUUGUACCUGUUUCCUCCAGCAUCUUCACAAGGUCCUUUGCUGUUGUUCUGGGAUAAUUUGCACUUUUCGCACCAAAGUACGUUCAUCUUUAGGAGACCGAAUGCGUCUCCUUCCUGAGCGGUAUGACAGCUGCGUGGUCCCAUGGUGCUUAUACUUGCGUACUAUUGUUUGUACAGAUGAACGUGGUACCAUCAGCCAUUUGGAAAUUGCUCCCAAGAAUGAACCAAACUUGUGGAGGUCAUCAAACUUUUUUCUUAGGUCUUGGCUGAUUUCUUUUCAUUUUCCCAUGAUGUCAAGCAAAGAGGAACGGAGGCCCUGAAAUACAUCCACAGGUACACCUCCAAUUUACUAUGAUGUCAAUUAGCCUAUCAGAAGCUUCUAAAGCCAUGACAUCCUUUUCUGGAAUUUUCCAAGCUGUUUAAAGGCACAGUCAACUUAGUGUAUGUGAACUUCUGACCCACUGGAAUUGUGAUGCAAUGAGUUUAGUGAAAUAAUCUGUCUGUAAAUAAUUGUUGAAAAAAAAUUACAUGUCAUGCACAAAGUAAAUGUCCUAACCAACUUGCCAAAACUAUAGUUUGUUAACAAGAAAUUUGUGGAGUGGUUGAAAAAUUAUUUUUAAUUACUCCAACCUAAGUGUAUGUAAACUUCUGACUUCAACUGUACUUAGACAAAAUGGAAUACAAAAAUUGCCCUUUGAAGGAAUUUCAGGUUUAGGCUAUUCCCCAAAUAUUAGAGCUUGUUUGAGUUAAGGGAGGGUGAGAAUGGGAUUAUAACCUGAUACAAUAAAAAAACAAUGUUUUGUUGCAAUAGACACUUUUAUUUCCAGGCCAAAGAGCGACGUAUCACCGUCAAGUACGAUUUUGGGAAAAUGUAUUUGAAUAUUCCUGAUUACAAUUGAACUGAUUCAAUUUUUGUCUGUAGAUUUUAGGAACAUAAUUUAUGAACAUUUUUUAGGAUGGUCUACAGACUGGUACAAUAACAACUUUGUAUAUUCUCUUAACAAACUGCCAUUGCACUGUGAAGUCAUAGAGAAGACAGACCUAAUAAUGUGGACACGGUAUGAGUUCUUUGUCAUAUGUUAACAGUCUAACACUAUUGUAAAGAGUCAUGAGGAUAGUGUACGGGAAGGCUGGAGUGAGCAGUAUUGUGUACAGUUGUGCUCUGGAGAAUUUGCCACACGAGUAAAUACUGUAUGACGUCACAGUAUUCUCUGGGGACAGUUAGUGGAACAUUUUUAAAUCUACAAAUCAAAAUGAUCUGGAACACAACACAGAAUCCUUUUGAUCUGGAUGAAAUGUACUAAAAAACCUGUCCUUGGGGGCUUGUAGCUGGGCACAGUGCUACAAAGGAAAAGAUGGCAGCAGAGUCACGUUCAUUAAGGCACAACAUAGCAAACCUUUUGCAAAAUAAAACAAGUGUUUAUUGGACAAAUUCAGAUUGUACCUGUUUCACUGUUUUGUACAGUUUACUUCUGUUUUGUGCCUACUGAACAUGACCCAGGUGCAGAAGUCAAUACAGUGUUUGUCAGAUCCUUUUUGACUUAAGUCAGAAUGAGUAUUUGAUAUCUGCAACUAAAAUGAAUUUCAUACGAUGAGCAACAUGAACUGUGCCCAAUGUGAUGACAUGGACUAUUAUAAUUGUAAGAUUUCAAUUAGUGUUUCUCCUGAUUGUAAGUGUUUGUGUGUCUGUCUGUAUAUACAUUUGUAUAUAUGAAUAUUGUAAAGGCUGUUUUUACGUGUUUCCGAAUGACCAGCCAUGGCAAUGAGUCAAGAUGUGAGAUGGUUCGAGUUUAACCUGGCCAGCAUGUCCUAAUGUAGCAGAGUCCCCCUCUUCCACUCAGUGAAAGACAAGUUACAUUUCUGUACUCGUACCGGUAUAUGAGCCAACCAGAAGCGAGUGAGCAGUGUAUGAAAAGGAAACAGUAACUCCCAUUUCACCCUACCCAUUUCAUUUUGAUACAACUCCUGUGAAGUCUAUGAAAUGGGUUGAAGAUCAAGAGUGUCCAGGAACUCUGUAGCACCUUACCAAACAGCACCAGCCCAAUAACAUCCAUGCAACGGGUUGAGUAAAGGAAGGGCUAUGGGGGCACGAAAUGAUGAGAAGGUGGUCUUGUGAUGUACCGUUGGAGGGGCUAAGUAAUUUUGUACAUAUCACUGUCUGAUCAAGCUAGGCAUUUGUUUUGUGACACAAAAAAAAGAUGGAAAUGACAUUUGUUUUGCAAGUCUUUUGCUAGACGACACAGUGAGACAUUGUGCAAAACCGAAUGGUCACGGAGCUGUGGAAAUUUUUUCCUGCACUCUGAAUAAAUAGUUGUUUAAUACAUUUAA